AUGCUACUUGAUCCAGCUGUGCCAAGUAGCAGCGACUUGUUACCUUCGCGAGCCUCUGCGCUUAGCGAUAUUGCAGGUUUUCCGUCUGUCCACCCCCCAGACCUCUCUGAAUGCAUGCCCGUGCUAGUAAUCGUGAGAAGGUCCGGAUGUAUUCAUUCUUUCGGAGAGGUAGUUCUGGGGUUGCUGACAGCGGCCAAUUCAGAUUUAAUCGCUCUACAUUUUUCGCUCUCUUUCUUCCAGCAGUUGCCCGAGGACCACGAGGUGCGAGUCGAUCGAGGAUGCAUUCCCGUUGCAGUGAUCAUGGGCGUCGCCAGAAAGUGCUCUCGCGUGGAUCGUUUUUCUUAA